CGACACUUGGACAUUUUGUCGCCAUAAUAGCGACGAGGUUGUGAUCGGGGUGGAUCGCGACAUAAAUCGUCGUUUACGGCGACAGGGAGGUAAAUCUCUCCCUCAAAAGUAUACUCUUGUGUCGAGUCUUUAACGCCUUAGUUUCGCAUACGAAAAUCUGGUAUCACCUUUGUGGAGAUUUUAUACUUUGGAACUGUCGAAGAUGGCUUAUUGAAAAGAUGAAGGGCCUGCAGCAAAGAUACGUUUCUCCAUACGGAGGAGACCACAUCUCUGCCAACUAUAAGACACUUGGUCGUAACUACGGCCGAUUCAACGAUGGAAAAGAAAUCACGAUUGCCACAGUCGUCCGCCAAGGGGACGGCUGGUGAUGCUAAAAAGAACCAAGAUAUCGUAAACGGCAAACUAUUCCCAAGGAGCUCACGUAGGCGCGAACCAACAGGAGCUACAAAUUUGCCCAAAAAUGAACAAUCUCGGAAAUCCAAUGCACCGAAGGGAAAAAAUUAUGAUAAGAGACCGAAACCUAAAGGACAAUAUCAUGGCGGUUCAAAGGAGGAUACCAAGGUAGAGGAAGAAGAUGUUGCCGAAUAUGGCUCGGUCAUGGUCCAAGGAAGUAGGAAGCAGAAUUUGAAUCAUCUGUUAAAUUUCCACUAUGAGCCGCGGGAUAUACGCGGAGUGUCGAACACAUGGAAUGUAGGCAGAUUGGCCAACAAGUAUAAUCGGAAUAGCAAUCGUUGGCUUCCACCUGUGCAACGCCAUAAAUACAACAAGGAGCAGUUUUUACAAGCGAACUGCCAGUUUGUCGUGAAAAGUAAAGGUGAUUAUACGGCUUAUCUUGCAGAUCCUGAUAUCCUAGUUCAAUGGAAUUUAAUUGAACAAAUUAGGGUCCACAGCUCGGAGGUCUUGUCUUGUCCGAUUUGUUUAUGUAUGCCUGUUGCUGGAAAGAUGACUCGCUGCGGUCAUGUAUACUGUUGGGCAUGUAUUCUCCACUAUUUAGCACUGUCUGACAAGCCUUGGCGCAAGUGUCCCAUUUGCUAUGAAGCCAUUCACAAAUCUGACUUAAAAAGUGUUGUACAAGUUACACAGAAAGCGUGGAAUGUUGACGAUACUGUGACUUUGCGUUUGAUGCGGCGUGAAAGAGGAUCAUUGCUUGCAGUUCCUGUAGGCGAUUCUUUUCAAGCAUCUUCCCCAACCACAUUUUUCACACUACAAGACGACCCUAAUAUUAUUUACUCAAAGUUGUUGCUUGCCGAUUCCAAUAAGAUUAUAGACAUCAUAGAUUGUGAACGUGUUCAGCUCCAGCUUGAACUAGCGGAAGAUCUUGAGUCUCCAGAAAAUUGCUUUAUUGAACAAGCUCUCAGAGAAUUGGCUACAAGAGAACAGCAGCUCUUUGAGAAGGCAAAUAAUUGUAGUUUGGAUUGUGAAGCUACAGAAAAUAAAAUAGAAGAGAAUAUCAAGGAAGUUCAAUCAGAAAAUGCAGUAGAAGUUGGAGAAAAAGAAUCGGAAUUGAGUAAAGAUUGGGCUUGUGAGUCCGGAGAAAUUCUCGUACCAUGUGCUCAGGAUUCCACCUCUGAAUGUCAAACUCCAACUGCUUUGCCGAAGUUUUUUUACUUCUACCAAGCGGAUGAUGGGCAACACAUUUACCUGCAUGCGAUGAAUGUCAAAAUGCUGGAGCUGCAAUACGGUAGUUUGGAGAAUAGCCCUUCCACUGUAACAGGAAAGUUGCUGGAAAAAGAAGCUGGUAGUAUGACUGAAGAGCUGAGACGCAGAUUACGUUACCUCUACCACCUGCCCUUAACUUGCCAAUUUGAGAUUGCUGAGAUUGAACUAAAGCCUCCCAUAAUAUCGAAAGCAAAUCUUUCGGUUUUCAAUGACCAACUUGAGACGCGUAAGAAACGACGACAGCGUCAUGAACGUGAAGAACGGAAAAGGGAAAAAAAGAUCAUGGAAGAAGAGAACAAGCGCAUUGGAAAGUACCCAACUCCGAACGUCCAUAUCGAGUCUCGACGUCAUUUUCCUCAAUGGCAACCAGAUUCUCCAUCUGCAGAGUUGAAUAUUUCAUCACCACCGGAAUCCCUGGUGUCCAGCGUAGCAAGCAGUCCAACAAUGCAGUCUUUCAAUAUUGAUUUAGCAACUACAGAUGCUCAUGACAGUGGACCAUCUUUUGCAGAGAUGUUACGUACUACUGGAUCACGAGGUCCAUCGAAAAUCAACUUGCCUCCAAUGUAUGCCUGUAAUUGGCCUCAGCAAAGAGGUGCUGCACUUACAUCAAUUUUAGACAGUGAAGAGGUUGAAGGGUAUGCUCCAGCUCCAUCCUACAGUCAAAGCUUUGGCGAUGCUUUGGCAGCAGCCUUAGAACAGACAGAGCUGCAGCCUACAGGAAGCAAUGAUAGUCAUGGCAGUGCUUCUGGAAAGAAAAAGAAAAAGAAAGGAAAAGCAACAGUCCUUUUCGCCACAAGUAUGGCUCGUGCAUCAUAGUUGCAUCCAUGGAAUUUAAUUGCAUACUCUUCUUGACGGUCUCUCCCUGGCAUUGUUUUGCUAUUAUGAUGGAUUAUCGACCUUGGUUCAACUGCAUGUAUAUGAUUUCGGAAAAUCAUGGCACCAACAUACCUAUAUUUUUGUUUA